GCAGCCAUUGUAAACGUUGUUGCCGCCGCCGCCGCCGCCGCAGCAGCCGCAGCCUCCGGGCCUACGUUCCAAAGUAGAACGCUUUGUCGCCCACCCGCAGAGCUAGGAGAAGAAGGUGUUGCUGAUGGGCCCAUUGCCGGGCGCUGAGUUAGUGCAGAAGCCGCUGCAGCUGUACCGUUACCUGCUGCGCUGCUGUCGCCAGUUGCCCGCCAAGAAUAUUCAGGAGCACUAUAAGCAUGCCAUCAGACAGAGUUUCCAAGUCCAUGCAGAUGAAGACAACCCUGAGAGAAUCCAACAGAUUAUUAGAAGAGCCAUUGAAGACGCUGACUGGGUCAUGAAGAAGUAUCAGAAACAAAACUAAGAAGCCACCGAGGACUUUGGAGCCCAGAGAGUAAAACUCAUUUGCCAAUAAUGGAUGCUCUGAGAUGCCAGCUCCCCUGGGAUGAAUUAUUGGUGACACCUUUGAGUAUAAAUAUACCUGGCUGACUCAGAGUGCCGGAGCAAAGGGGAGAAACUAGAUGUUGAGUUGUUUCCAAAGCCAAGUGCAUGCAUUCAGCAGCAUCCUCCAUGCCUGGCACUGGGUUUGGGCCACAUCGGCCAUCAGGUGACCAGUUUGGGGAGGGAGUUUCCAACUUCCUGGCUAAGUUUGGUUGCCUGUAUUUGUUCAUUAUUUAUUUGCUCCUCAAACAUUUAUCAACACACUAGUCAGAGACCAAGAAACAAGUAUUUAUUGAACCUCUCUUAUGUGCCUAGCACAGUGCUAGGGGAGAGAAGAAAAGAAUUGGAAAU